UUUGGGCCGAGGCGCUGUCUCAAGGGUACGGGUGUUCAUUGAACCACGUUUGAAUCAAACGGCGAAGGAGUGUCGACAGAGAAUGCUCAAAGAAGUCCUCCAAAACUGGCAAAAGCCUGAGUGUGAGUCGUGCUUGCAUGGACGAAGGGACGUCCUCCUCUUCUUCUCCCGUCACCUCCAUACCGGAGGAAGACGCUCGAAAAGAUGUGAUCGAGGCCUUGGCCACAACUGACAUCGAAUACGAUGUGGAUGGACAACCGCUGGUGUAUGCAAAAUCACCUUACGAUGCGAACGAAGACGGCGAAAAGGACCAUGAAAAUCGCCUGAGUUUGAAGCUCGGCGAUGCCGUGCGUGUCUUGAACACCUCCAUGGGCAAGGGAUGGUGGUGGGUAGAAGUGGAUGGCGAGUCUGGCUACGUUCCAUCAUCAUUCCUCGGCACUGAGGAUGACUUGCGCGGCGCGGAGGAAGCCUCCUGGCAGAACGACGAAUAUUUUGACCAGUACGCCACGCUGAAGAUCCACCAAGAAAUGCUGGGAGACAAGCCACGCACACUGGCGUAUCAGAACGCCAUCAAGCAGUGCAGAGCGGACAUCGAGGGCAAAGUUGUGCUGGAUGUUGGCUGCGGCACGGGAAUUCUCAGUAUGAUGUGUGCAAGAGAUGGCGGUGCUGCAAAGGUUUACGCAGUCGAUGCGAGUCCCCUCACAACCCAGGUACAGAAAUUAGUGGAAGCCAAUGGCCUGGCGGAUCGUAUCACAGUCAUCAGAGGAAAGGUGGAGGAGAUUGAUAUACCAGAACAGGUUGAUCUGAUUCUGUCCGAGUGGAUGGGGACGUUCCUGUUGUUCGAGUUCAUGCUGGAGUCUGUCCUCAGUGCCAGAGACCUGUUCCUCAAACCUGAUGGGACUCUAUGGCCGUCACAAGCCUCUCUCUCUUUGGUGCCGUGCAGUGCAGCGGAUCAGGCAGACCGAGUGGGCUUCUGGAGCUCGCUGUACGGAUUCGACUUCUCCACUCUGCAGGACGCGGCCCGAGCCGAGUACCACCGCAUGCCCAUCUUCAAUCACACCCUCCAAGACGGUGACUGCCUUGCCGAGCCCAAGAAAGUCGUUCAGCUCAACAUGAAGACGACCACCGCGGACGACCUUGAGGAGAUCUCGUCCCCAUUUGAGUUCCGUGCACGUCAGGAUGGCGUCAUGCACGGAUUCGCAUCUUGGUUCGACGUCGGAUUUUGCCCGAUGAGUGGCAGUUUUAGCGGUAGCAGUGACGGUGGUGGUGGUGGCUCUUGUGGCGAGGAUAGCGGGGAUGAUGCUGAUGGCUGUGUGCGUCUCUCUACGAGUCCGACCUCGCCACAAACCCACUGGAAUCAGGACCUGUGUAUGCUGGAUGAGAGCGUGCAGCUGUGGACAGGUGACGUGGUGCGUGGCACGCUGACGCUGACUCGGAACGCAGAGUGGCGACGUCACAUGCACGUUCGCAUCGACUACGCUGUGCUGCGCGACAACGAGACUGCCCACCGUGCCUGCAAGACCUGGGGGCUGUGGAAGUGUUAGGCCCAAGACUUGGGGGCUGUGGAAGUGCUAGCCCCAGCGCGGUUGCAAGACCUGGGGCCUGUGGAAGUGUUAGCUGGAAAACACACGAGCUCUCUCACACUAGUAAUACUAUCCUGCAUUGGCCCUAGCUGUGCUGCCCAUUGCCCAUCGCUACUCUAUCUGCCUUCCUGUAUCAGUACUAGCCAUAUCGAACAUAUGAAUGCAACUUUCUUUUCUUCUUUCCCCUGCUUUGUUAGCCUGAUGGGUUACCUAACACCCUGCACGUCGUUGUUUAGGUUUCUGUUCCUGUCAUUGUGUUAAGGUUUCUGUUCCAGUAUUGUAGGUGCUGCAUCUGCCGCUAGGGUUUACCGGGUGGUAGCGGCCGUCGUGAGUUCCCUUCGGUAACGGACACGAUAAUUUACUUGCUUUUACUUAUUGUAACUUGUUUUUCCCAACUACAUAACUGUAUAUUGUCGUCAGCAGUUCCGCAGAAUAUUCUCCGUCCCCCCAGGCAAUCGUGGCAGCUUCGAUGCCGCAUGUCUAUUAUUUUAGUAUUUAACUGCUUGGAUUCAUUCGACCCCGUGUGAUUUUCGUCACCAGACUAGCAAGGGCGUAUUCCACCUUCUCAUGUAUGUGUGUCUGUGGGUGUAUGUACUCGCAUGUGCGCGCGUGCGUGUGUGUGUGCACGUGUGUAGUUUUGUUUCUUUCUUUGUGGCCUGGAAAGAGAAAUCAUCUGCUGGUCGGCUUGAUUUUUCCACACUCUAUGCUUGGUGCUUGCCAGCCGACUCUUAUUUAUUCGCUUCCUCUCUUCCCCUGCUUUUCUUUCGUGAUACUAGUAGUUCCUUGCCUAGUUGUUGUUUCUUUUUACUUCACCAUAUGAACAGGCAAGACUGCCUUCUCACCCGGGCUAUUGGCCCGCACCGUGAGAUUGUGUGCCUAUGAUCAUAUCAACCAGCAUCCAGACCUCUCUCAAGUCUAAUCAUUCUACCAAUCUAGGGUCA